GUUAUUUUUGUUGAAUUUCCCUUGGUUUUCGUCAAAAUGGCCGACACAAACGCCCCGAAGGGUCUUUCCAGCAAGAUCCAAAACAAGCGCAAGAGACAAGCAGACGAUGCUGCUCCCAAACAGGAAAAGCCCGAGGCCACAGGAACACCUGCAGAGGGGGCAGCCAAGAAGAAGCAGAAAAAGAACAAGAGCAAGAAGAAGCAGGCCGAGCACGACGGAGAGCAGUCAUCACGCAAAGACGGCAUUGAUGAGUCGAUCGGCAAGAUGGACGGCCGAUUGCUUGGCGAUCACUUUGCGCAGAAGGCUAAGAGACACGAGAAGGAGCUUUCUGCAGUGGAGCUGAGUGAUCUUUCGGUCCCAGAUACCGCAUUCCUCGAUACCUCUUCCUUUACCUCCCCCCGAAAGUUGGAACAGCUCCCAGAAUUCUUGAAGUCCUUCAGCCCUAAGAGUGCUGAUCUUUCCAAGGCGUCUGAGAAAGUUGGUACUCCCCACACACUAGUUAUCUCAGGUGCUGCCCUGCGAGCUGCUGAUGUUGUGCGGGCACUCCGCUCUUUCCAAACCAAGGAAAGCAUUGUAGGGAAACUAUUCGCGAAGCACAUCAAGCUGGAGGAAGCUAAGCAGUUCCUUACACGUGCUCGGUCUGGCAUCGGAGCUGGAACUCCUACCAGAGUAUCUGAUUUGAUCGAGUCUGGUGAGCUGAUUCAGUUGAAAUUUUUAUCCGUCGAAGCACAUGCUGACCAUCCGUUACUAGGAACUCUCAAAUUGGACGAGCUAGAACGUAUUGUCAUUGAUGGAUCACACAUUGACCAAAAGCAACGAGGAAUUUUCGAUAUGAAGGACACGCACAUGCCGCUGUUGAAGCUGCUCACUCGGCCGGAACUGCGCGAGCGCUAUGGGGCAUCAAAGAAGGGUGUGAAGAUCUUGGUAUUCUAA